GACACACCGCCGGCACAUGUGGUCAGUCCCUGCAUCCACCACGUCGUCUGUAGCCGCUACCGAUUCUGCUCCAAUUACAUCCGAUUCAUUCUCCAAAGUGUGGGCGUGUAUCCAAGUGUUGGAUCCGACUGUUUUGCAAGAUGUUCCAUUAUAUUGAAGUAUGUGUAUCCAUGCCCAUGUCAUGUUGCACCGAUACAGAUAAUCCAGGAUGAAGAAAGGAGGACCCAGGAUGGGCGCAAGAUUUGUGUUGGUGAUUGUGCACUUUUCAAGCCACCCCAGGAUUCCCCACCUUUCAUUGGAAUAAUUCAUAGGUUAAUAUUAAGAGAAGAGGAAAGUUUAAGUUUAUGUGUGAAUUGGCUCUAUCGACCAGCUGAUGUAAAGCUUGGAAAAGGUAAUUUGCUGGAAGCAGCACCUAACGAGGUCUUUUACUCAUUUCACAAGGAUGAGAUACCUGCUGCAUCAUUACUCCAUCCGUGUAAAGUUGCAUUUCUUGGUAAAGAUGUUGAACUUCCUUCAGGUAUCUCCUCAUUUGUGUGCAGACGGGUGUAUGAUAUUGAGAACAAGUGUUUAUGGUGGCUAACUGACCGAGAUUACAUUAACUCUUGUUUCUGGAUACAGGAUCGGCAGGAAGAAGUAGAUAAGCUAUUAAACAAAACACGAAUAGAAAUGUACGGAGCAGUGCAGUCAGGAGGCCGUUCCCCGAAACCCUUGAAUAAUCCGGUGGGAACACCACAGUUAAAGCAUGGUUCGGAUAGCAUACAGGACAGCAACUCCCCCGUUGCUUCUCAGGUUAAGGGGAAGAAGAAGGAUCGGAGUGAGCAAGGAUCUGAUCCUGUCAAACGGGAGCGGUCAUCCAAAACAGAUGAUCCAGAUUCUGGUCAAUUUAAACCAGAACACAUUUUAAAGUCUGAGAUUGCUAAAAUAACAGUCAAAGGUGGGCUUGUAGAUUUUGAAGGGGUCGAGAAACUAGUGCAACUCAUGCAACCUGACAGUGCUGAGAAGAAAAUUAAUUUGGCUUGCCGAAUAAUGCUUGUUGAUGUAAUUGCUGUCACUGAUAGGUUUGAUUGCCUUGGAUGGUUUGUACAACUCAGGGGCCUGCCUGUGUUGGAUGAAUGGCUCCAAGAGCUUCAUAAAGGGAAGAUUGGUGACGGCAUUAGCCCGAAGGAAAGCGAUAAAUCUGCCGAGGAAUUUCUGUUUGCUUUGCUUCGUGCAUUGGAUAAGCUGCCUGUAAAUCUUCAUGCACUACAAAAUUGUAAUGUUGGCAAGUCUGUGAAUCUUUUGGUACGUAGUCACAAAAAUUCUGAAAUUCAGAAGAAAGCUAAGAGUUUAGUUGACACAUGGAAGGAACGUGUUCGAGCUGAGAUUAAAAUGAUUGAAGCGAAGGCUGGGCCAAGUGGUGGUGGUUCAUGGCCUACUAAGUCGGUGCUUUCUGAAGUUUCUCAUAUAGGGAACCGGCGUAUUGGAGGAUCCUCUGAGGUUGGUAUGAAGAGUUCCAUUCUACAGUCUUCUGCAGCUAAAACUACACCGGUUAAGCUUGGUUCUGGUGAAGAUGUUUCUAAGUUUGCAUCGGAAUCUCCUGGCUCAACAAAAUUAGCAGCAUCAAUGACUACAUCAAUGGGUACCAGCGCCAAGGAUGCCAGUUCUGCAUCAUUAGUUGGUGGUGGAGCCUCAGAUCUACCUCUAUCAACAAUUAAAGAGGAGAAGAGCAGCAGUUCUAGUCAGUCUCAGAACAACAGCCAAUCGUGUUCAAGUGAUCAUGCAAAAAUGGGGGGCUCUUCUUACAGGGAAGACGCACGCACUUCAACUGCUGGUUCCCCGAGCGUAAAUAAGAUAUCUAGCAGUGCAUCUGGCCAUUGGAAGUUGAGUAAGAGUCCUCAUGGAUCAGCUGUCUCAGGUGUUCAAAAUGAAACUGAUUUGGGGAAAUUUAGCCUUUCAAAUAGGAGUUCGACGACUGAAAAGUUCUCACCUACAAGGGUAGCUGACAUACCCCCUGUGGAUCAGGGAAAUAGCCACCGAUUGAUUGUCAGGUUGCCAAACACUGUUCAAAGUCUUGCACAAACUGCUAGUGGUGGUUCUUUUGAAGAUCCUACCACCCACGAUCAGAAAGUCAAGGGAAAAUUUGAUGCCUUGCAGGUUACCUGUGCAUCAAGUGUGGACUUGGAUUCAUUUCAGGGCAAAGGUACAUUGGCCGGGUCUGAUGAAGGUAAUGUGUCAUCUACUGGGACUCCAUGUGAUGAACGGAGCAGCGCUGCUAUAGAUGGUGAGAAACUGAGUGAAGCCUCCAAAUUUACUGGUUUAUCUUCCAGAAUUACCCCCAAUCAAGGGAAACCUUUUGAUGCUUCUUUUAGCUCUAUUAAUGCUUUGAUUGAGAGCUGUGUCAAGUUAUCUGAAGCCAGUACGUCUGCAUCAGGUGGGGAUGAUAUUGGGAUGAAUCUGCUUGCCAGUGUGGCUGCUGGAGAAAUGCCCAGAUCUGAUGCCUCACCAUUGGGAUCUCCUGGGAGAAAUUCACCUGUACCGGAGGACCCCCGCUCUGGCAAUGAUUUGAAAUUGAGACAAUUGGAUGAACAUAUAGCUCGGAAUGAGGAGCAACUGAAUGAUGUUGCGCACAGUGCUUCUACAGCGGAGCAAGUUAAUUCUGUUGAUUCUGUGUGUGUUAAUAUCGACUCCCAACAUCGUGCGAUGCCUGCCUCAACAAACUUUUCUGGAAAUAGUAAAGUUACUUCAUUCGGCUGUGAAGAUAAGAUGGGGGAGCGCAGUGCACAACUGGAUUCUUCCAUUAUGGAUUUGCAGCAAAAUGCAUGCUGCCCACGCUUGACAUCUGAUGGGAACUCCAGUAAACUAAUUUGCAAUGCUUCAUUGGCUAUGUCUUCCGUAGAUGCUAUAAAAGAGGUCAAGGCAGAAGAUAACAACGUUGACCAGUUUAUUGAGAGAAGCAAGUUAGGUUCUGUGCAGCUGAGAAAUAACAGUGUUUCUCAUUCUAAAUUCAAAGCAAAAAGUCCCAUGUUUGACGAAGAUAAGAAGUUAGAUUAUGCAGAAGAAAGAACUGUUGAGAACAGUGUAGUAAUGGUACCAGAAGUAGUUGUUACAAGUGCAAAAGUUGAGAACGGAGCCAAUGAAGAAUCCCAUUCUCCCUCAUCUUUAGGAAUGUGCAAGGAGGAGAAAGAUACCGUGAAGAAAGAGUCUGAUUGUGGUUUCUUAACUGAGCAGAUGUCAUCCCUAGGGACAAAGCUCCACUUAAAGUCUACAAGUGGAAAAAGUGCGGACACUCUGCCUUCUUGUUCUGGUAGUGCUUUGGUCGUGGAGUCACAGGCUGAAAAGGCUGGUGCCAAGAAGGUAGAGAGCCGGACUGAACAGACUGGGGAACAAAAAGUUGAUUUAGGAUCACCCAACUUAGAUCAUAAGAGUGAAUGUGCUGAGCAGAAGUCGGAAAGAAAUGAGGCUCUUAGUUACGGUCCUGGUGGAUCAGCUUCCGUAGAGGAGUCUCCCACAGUUCCUGUACAAGAAACAGAACAGUGUAUGAAGUCUAGUGGGCGCAAGUUAGAUGGAGUUGAAAUAGGGAUAAAGGAACCUGCUUCCUGUGUGAAUGCUUCUUUGUUGCCUGCAGGGUCAGAUGUGGCUGUUAAGCUGGAUUUUGAUCUGAAUGAAGAUUUUUCUGUUGAUGAUGGAAACCAUGGGGAGUUUGUUAAGUCAUCAAUUCCUGGAAAUUCAUCCGUCAUCCAUUUCCCUUGCCCGUUACCUUUUCCCAUUCCUUCCAUGUCUGGGAGUUUCCCUUCUUCAAUUACUGUGGCUGCUGCUGCCAAAGGAUCAUUUUUUCCUCCUGAAAUCCCUUUGAGAACCAAGGGGGAAAUGGGCUGGAAAGGAUCAGCUGCUACCAGUGCAUUCCGGCCUGCAGAACCUAGAAAGGUUCUGGAAAUGCCCCCCAGUUCAACUUUUGCCCCUUUCUCAGAUGACACUCCAAGCAAACAAGUGCGUCCUCCUUUCGACAUUGACCUGAAUGUGCCAGACCAGAGAAUUCUUGAGGAUGUGGCUUUUUCCCAGAACUCUACACGGGCGACAUAUUCAGGAUCUGGGUCUCGCGAUCAUAGUGGUGGGGGACUUGAUCUUGAUUUGAACAGAGUUGAUGAGAGUUCUGAAAUUGGACAGUUCUCUUUUAGCAACAGUGGUAGAUUAGAAGUUCAACAAUUCCUGGGUAGAUCGUCUUUGUCUGGUGGAUUUUCUAAUGGCGAGUUAAAUGCUUCCAGGGACUUUGAUUUGAACAAUGGACCUGGUCCAGAUGAAGUGUUAGUAACUGAGACAGUUCCACAUGCCAAGAACAAUGUGCCAUUUCUAUCGCCUAUUCCUGGUGUCAGAAUGAGUAGUACAGAUUUAGCAAAGUAUUCAUCAUGGUUACCUCAAGGUGACUCCUAUUCAGCCAUCACUAUCCCGUCGAUCUUUCCAGGUAGAGGGGAGCAGAGUUAUCCGGUUGUUACUGGUACUACCUCACAGAGGGUCGUGGGUCCCCCUACUGGGGGCAGUUCUUUUGGUCCUGAAAUCUACAGGGGGGCCGUGCUGUCAUCCUCCCCUGCAAUUACCAUCCCCCCUACGACCCCAUUUCAAUAUCCAGGAUUCCCAUUUGACACCAGUUUUCCUGUGACAUCAAAUUCAUAUUUAGGUUGUUCAACGGCAUAUAUGGAUUCUCCAUCUGGUGGUUCACUUUGCUUUCCUGCCCUUACCCCACAACUUGUCGGACCAACUGCUGGUGUAUCAUCCCACUACCCUCGAUCCUAUGUUAUGAGCCUUCCAGUUGGUGCAAGUAACACUGGUCUUGAAAGUAGAAAAUGGGGAGGUCAGGGUCUAGAUCUUAAUGCAGGUCCUGCAGUUGCAGAUGACCGGAGAGAUGAGAGGUUGCCUUCAGCAUUGAGGCAGCUUCCAGUUGCUUGUUCACAAGCCUUGGCGGACGACCAAUUAAAGAUGUAUCAGAUGGCAGGUGUGCUCAAGAGAAAGGAGCCUGAUAGCGGAGUUGUAGAUGACCGGAGAGAUGAGAGGUUGCCUUCAGCAUUGAGGCAGCUUCCAGUUGCUUGUUCACAAGCCUUGGCGGACGACCAAUUAAAGAUGUAUCAGAUGACAGGUGUACUCAAGAGGAAGGAGCCUGAUAGCGGAUGGGAUGGAGACCGGAUUAGAUACAAGCAACCCUCAUGGCAGUAAGGAGUUAUUACAAAUGCGUCAAACCUGUUGAGGACUGUUCUUUGUGGCCUACAAAAGCAAUCAGUCCGUUCAUCCUGCUGAUCAGAUUUCGACGGCCAGGUCGAAAAUGAGCUCGUUCUGAGCCACUUGUGUUCUGCUGCAGAGCUCCUAACUGGAAGACCACCUGGUUCCUCAAAGCACCCUUGGAGGUUAAGUCAGUUCCACUGUAUAUUAUUUAACUUCUGAAAAGCAUGUGGUGACACCAUAAAACUAUAGAAUAGGGCUGAUGUACCAAUUUGUGUCAAUGCUGGUGACUCCAAUCCUUACCAAUCAUUCCGAUGAGACGGGAUUGGAUGUAUCGGACGUGUGUCCAGGAUGAAGCUGGUUCAUGUCUUCAUAAUUAUUUUUCUCCUCCUCCUGUUGUUACAUACAUAGUUCUGUAGUCAUGACUAUCAAAUUUUGGUAUUUUAUCA